CUCCUUACACUCACUCACUCCUUCCACUUCCACUCUUCCAUGGCUUUCUUCUUCUUCCUCCUCCUCCUCCUCCUCUCCUCCGCCGAAGCCUCCUGGCCGCCCUCCCCCGGAUUCUGGCCGAGCACCCACGUCCGCUCCAUGGAAUUCUACAGAGGCUUCCGCAACCUCUGGGGCCCUCAACACCAAAGCCUUUCCCAAGACACUCUUUCCAUUUGGCUCGAUCGCACCACCGGAAGUGGAUUUAAGUCCCUCCGCCCUUUCCGAUCAGGAUACUUCAGCGCCUCCAUUAAACUCCAACCCGGCUAUACCGCCGGCGUCAUCACCGCCUUCUAUCUCUCCAACAACGAAGCUCACCCAGGAUUCCACGACGAGGUCGACAUCGAAUUCUUAGGAACCACAUUCGGUAAGCCUUAUACAUUACAAACCAAUGUUUACAUCAGAGGAACCGGCGAUGGUCGAAUCAUCGGAAGAGAGAUGAAAUUCCAUCUCUGGUUCGAUCCCACUAAAGAUUUUCACCAUUACGCCAUUCUAUGGCGCCCAAAUGAAAUCAUAUUUCUCGUUGACGACAUACCCAUCAGAAGGUACCCAAGGAAGAGCGCUGCGACAUUCCCACUGAGGCCAAUGUGGGUUUAUGGCUCGAUAUGGGACGCAUCUUCAUGGGCCACAGAGGAUGGGAAAUACAGAGCGGAUUACAGAUACCAACCAUUUGUGGCUAAGUAUAGGAAUUUCAAAGCGAGGGGUUGUUCGGCGUACUCACCGGCAUGGUGCCAGGCGGUAUCGGCGUCGCCAUUCCGGUCAGGGGGGCUGAGUAGGCAACAGGAGAAUGCAAUGAAAUGGGUACAGAGCCAUCAGUUGGUUUAUAACUAUUGUUGGGAUAACAAGAGAGACCAUUCCUUAACACCAGAGUGUUGGCAUUAGAAUUUUGCGGGGAUUGGGCUUUAUCAUGCACUGAAACUGAAAGCUCCAUUAAAUUUUUGCAGUUUUUUUUUUGGAUUUGGUGAUUUUAUUAUUGGUUUGAAAAUUUAUAUUUGGAAAGAUGUUGACAAAUGGGGGGGUCCCACGUGGAAAAAUGGCUUAGAAAAGAAACAGAUGCGAGCAUUUUUUGACCUUAUAGCGUCCAAAAUCCCCUGUGAUCCGAACGGCAAAAUAAUAAUAAUAAUAAUAAUAAAUGAAUAUUGUGCGGUGUUUUAAUUUAA